AUGGCGACCUUUUCACCAAUCCUGCGGCAGCUGGGCUGCUUAAGGUCUAUCGCGAAGCCCCAGUCAUUGGUGUCGCCCCAAAUCGCACGCCGAUCCAUCACGACUGCGUACACUCCGAAACAAGAGCCCGUGCCUCUUCCGAACAAAUUGCCCAAGUCGUUCCUUUCUCAAAUACCUCCUCGCCAUCAGCCCACCAAUGGCCGCAAGAAGCUCAAAGUCUACCCUGCUCCGCCUUCAAGCCGCUCGGUUUGCAAAGACCCCGUGGCAGCAGUGACCGAAUCUCAAUUUGCAGCUCUUGAUCCAACCGGUGAACGCAAAGCACUUUUCGACUACAGAAGAAACCCACGCAGUGUGAAGGUCGGCGACAUUCUGCGCGUGACCUUCAAGAACGGGGACCCAUUCUCCGGAGUCUGUCUUAGCAUUCGUCUUCGCGGCAUUGACACUACGUUCUUGCUUCGCAAUGAGCUUACCAGGGUCGGUGUUGAGAUGUGGGUGAAGGUUUUCAGUCCCAACGUUGAGAGCGUGGAAAUUGUACAGAGGACAGAGAAGAGGAAGAGAAGAGCCAGGUUGUACUACAUGAGACAACCCAGACACGAUAUGCGCAGCGUUGAGAAUAUCGUUUCGAACUACCUCCGACAGAAGUCUGCCCUUUCCGGCCAGAGAGGACAGGGAGGACGCGGCCGUGGACAGAAACGGCGCCGUUAAAGGGCCGCUGCUCAUUUGGGGUUUUGCAUUUGGCGACUGUAUUAUUACUUGUAUAUGGCCAUUGACGUUUACUGAUUUAUUAUUUCUUGUAACCUUGGAUAGAG